AACUACUGCUAUAAUAACUACUUUGCGAUCGUGAUUUCGUUAAAAAUCGUGUUGUCCUUUUAUUUAUACACUUUUUGUAAAUGUUCUAAUUAAAUUAUGAGUUAAUGUGAUAUUUUUAAUUUGCGAGACGCUCAUCAAUCAAAAUGUCGUCUCAAUCUACUGAGGGUGCGAAGAAAUCUGGUACAGAUGUUGCCUCAAACAAUGGCCAAAAUUCACUAUCAGAAUCUCAAAAGCCGGCUGAUAAUGGAGAGAAGAAAACAAACAAACCGGCGGGCGAGUCGCAGGGCACCUGCUACUGCGGGAAAGAGAGGAAUCUGAAUAUUGUGGAGCUGUUGUGCGCGUCAUGCAACCGUUGGUACCAUGAAUCUUGUAUCGGGUACCAACUUGGUAAACUGGUACCAUUCAUGACCAACUACUUGUUUAUCUGCAAAAACUGCUCUCCAACUGGCUUAGAAACAUUUAAGAAAAAUCAGGCUCCUUUCCCUCAAAUGUGCCUCACAGCCAUAGCAAACCUGCGCCAAGAGAGUAUUAAAGAUGGCAGUAACAAACUUAUGUUCAGCAAGGACCGAGAGAUAAUUCCUUACAUUGAGCAAUAUUGGGAGGCCAUGACCACCAUGCCAAGAAGGGUGACUCAGUCCUGGUACGCGACUGUCCAGCGAGCACUGAUCAAGGACAUCCAAGUGAUGUUCUCUUACGAGGAGGAUGCCAACCAAGGCCCCAUGUUUGGUCUACACAACCUAGACCUGAUGGACAUCAAGCCCAAUUACGAGAUCAUGAUUAAACAGGGCCAGCUGAAAGUCACUGACAUGGGAGUUGCAACUGUCCCGCUAGGUGGUAACGUGAAGGGUCGGCAAGGCAAGCGGCGGCCGGCAGUAGGCAGCACGGCCGACGCGGGCGCGCCGGUCGGCAAGAAGGGCCGCACCGCCGACGUGGGGGCGCUUAAGCUGCCCUCACACGGGUACCCCACGGAGCAUCCCUUCAACAAGGACGGCUACCGAUACAUCUUGGCGGAACCUGAUCCCCAUGCGCCGUUUAGACAGGAGUUCGACGAGAGCAACGAGUGGAGUGGCAAGCCUAUCCCGGGCUGGCUGUACCGCUCGCUGUGUCCGGGCAGCGUCCUGCUGGCGCUGCAUGACCGCGCGCCGCAGCUCAAGGUGUCGGAGGACCGCCUCGCCGUCACCGGGGACAAGGGCUACUGCAUGGUGCGCGCCACGCACGGCGUGUCCCUCGGCUCGUGGUACUGGGAGGCGACGGUGGAGGAGCUGCCGGAGGGCGCGGCUGCGCGGCUGGGCUGGGGUCGCCGCUACGCCAACCUGCAGGCGCCGCUCGGGUACGACAAGUUUGGAUACUCCUGGCGCAGCCGCAAGGGCACCAGGUUUCACGAGUCUCGAGGCAAGCACUACAGCGACGGGUACGGCGAGGGCGACACUCUCGGCUUCCUCGUGGUGUUGCCAGUUAACGCCAACACCAAGUACACCCCCAACACUUACAAGGAUCGGCCCCUAGUCAAAUUCAGGAGCCACCUCUAUUACGAGGAUAAGGACAACAUACAGGAAUCUCUUAACAACCUGAAGCCUCUGGCUGGCAGCAAGAUAUAUUACUUCAAGAAUGGGGAGUGUCAGGGUCAGGCAUUUACAGAUGUGUAUCAGGGUUGCUACUACCCAUCUGUGUCACUGCACAAGAACUGCACAGUCAGUGUCAACUUCGGACCCAACUUCAAGUAUGCGCCGUCCAGAGAAUACGCCUAUCGACCGAUGUCUGAGAAAGCCGAAGAAGCGAUCUGUGAGCAGACAAUGGCAGACCUACUUUACUUGACGGAGAAUGAGGGCAAGCUACGUCUGGACAACUUCAACCUCUGAUAUUACUAACACCGGUAGCCGGUGUGAUGAGUGAAUGAACGAGUGUUGUGACACCAGUGUUGUGUGUGAGAUUGUUGAACUAUGUGGAACGUGGACAGUGUUCAUAUUAUAAGAGUGGAUUUUUGAAAGUGCCUCUAUAGGUACUUCUGCAUAUUUUUCUAGUGUUGACGGAGCAUUCCGAUCCAUAUAGUGGUAUCCCAAGACGCAUUCACUCUCAAAAAAGAAAAUGUAUGUGUUAAAAAAAUAUGCGCCAAAUCUCUUCUUCUAUCGUGUGGGUUAUGAGGUGGAGUACCAACCUCAUCAACCCUGGUCAGGGUUACUAUUGAGCCGCCAAAGGCCCCUUACAUGGCUCAUGUAACAACUACUUACUUACAUCAAUAAGUAGUAACCGGGACCAACGGCUUAACGUGCCUUCCGAAGCACGGAAAUAUAUAUGCGCCAAAUUACAGAUAGAAACAUUUUCAAACAUUCACUCAUAAAGCAGACAUUUUGCAAUAUUGUAUCUCUACUGCUAGUGUUGCCGAACGGUAAUCCAAGAUUCAUCGUGUGCGUCAAGCUAGCGGCCUCAAAAAAAAAAUGGGCACGAAAAAAUAAUUUGACCAUACCAAAAAAUAGUACUCUUAUUGAAAAAAAUAGUACCUAAAAAAAUAGGACAACUAUUGUUAGUGUGGCAACACUAAAUACUGCUGCUCAUUUUUGUAACAUGUCAUAUUUACGACAGAGGAUACAUUAAAUUAAAUAUGAGAAAUGUACAAUAUUAGUAGAAAGCAGAGUAGUGUUUUAAAAAUGAGAUAUACCAGCAUAUUACUAUUACAGCAGUUGCAUCUGAUAUGCUCCUUACCAGUGUACUAUUAUAGCGUUAGUUAUGUAUUCCAGUCCUUAAAUAAUAAUAGAGUUAACAAAUAUAUCUUUGGAAAUUUACUGUUACGCCUAAGAAUAAUAUGAACUUCCUGUAUAAUAUUAAAUACUAUGCUCUUUAUACUACAAAGAAAUUGAAUCUAAGAAACAUUUCUUUAUACAUAUAAAGACAUGAAAAUAAAAAUUCAAAAUUAUAGGCGGUUGUCUUUAUGCAACAUCUCUGAAUAGGCUAGUUUUCAACUAGUCAAAUCAGUUACUUUUUACUAAACGUCAAAACAUGAAAUUACUAUGGAAUUUGUAUGAAAAAGCACACUGACAUCAUAGAAAAACGUGAUAAAAUGUCGGACUUAUUAUUACGUUUUUCUUGUAAAACAGAAAAAAGAAAAUGUUUUAUCAGAAUGUAUCAAUUUAUCUCGAUCUUAGUAGACAGCCCAAUUCAAAGAGGAAGAAUUACUUUGUAAGUGGAGUAAGAUACAGGCGAGGUGGGUUAGAUACAUUAUUAUUUCAUGUCCAUUUGUACCACUACAAACGCCAUUCUGAUAAACACAGGUCAGCAUCACCUAUUAUGGGACCACACAGCCUCAUAAGACGCCAUCAUAGGUCUAUUAUUCGUGAAAAAUCAUCUGUUGUAAAAUGAACAUUAUUGGAUGUAUUUAGAAUUAAAAUAUUACUGUUGUAAUGAAUUAUGAAGUAUUAUACUAUUCAAUACACUCGAAUAAUAGUAUUGUAAUAAGAACAAAAUAAAAGGUUUUAAUAUAAUUUAA